CGUUUGCGAAUUGUCGAAAAGAGUGAGCCUCUUUGCACAACCCGUUUGCUGCUCAUUAGAACGAAAUUUCAAUCAUGACACUUUCUUGCUGUUGUUGCCAGGUAUGUAGACAAUGUUAGAAUUAUCGCUUUUCAUAGCUGGGUGAUUGGUCACUUCUAUUUGGUCUUGUAAAUCAGGAAAAUUUGGAACACGCUUUGGGUCAAUCUCAAAGCGGAAGUACUUGUAAUGCAUCGACGCAAACCGUUUCCCUCAUAAGAUGAAAUAUGUUUACAAUUCGUUUCCUUUCUCCUUAAAGUUCAUGUGUUGUUGCUCGUCUUGUUCGUCUGGUUCUUGAGGAAGAAACCGUACGUGCCCUUGUAAGUUCGAAAGAUUGUUAGAAUCUGAAAGAGUUUUAUGAACCACGAAUUUACAUUUGAUUGUGAAUCUUUCGGUUUAAAAUUAGGAACGUUAAGUUGGUUUCUUGUCACAAAGCUAGAGAUGAGAGUAGUUGUUGAAUAUUUGGCCCCAUUAUCCGAAAUUUUAGUGUGACUGUACCUUUGCACUACGCUGUAUCGUGUUUCUGUAACUCGAUUGCACUCUCUCUCAGACAAACUUCUACUCCCCCUAACCCCCCCCCAUAAACCAAAAAUUUAUCCCAAUAAAUCAUGGAGGUUUCUAGAUGGUCGAGUGGUUAUCGUAAGCGCGCAACGAGUGCUAGAGAGCCAGAUUUGUACUGUCAGCUUUCAUUGUAUAAAUUUACCCUUUGCAGUACAAGAUCUUUUAUCUUUUUUUACUUUUGUUCAUGUUCCUAGCUGCUGAUUGAGCGGUUUUGUUUUUAUUUUCAGGUUAGCGAUGAGGAGGAGCCUCUUCUUUCAGGAGACAAAAAGGUAAACUAUAUGUUGAGGAAACUCGAUGGUCGAGUGGUAAUCGUAGGCGCGCAACGAGCGCUAGAGAGCCAGAUUUUAAAAUGUCAAUUUUCAUUGUAUAAAUUAACCCUUUGCGGUACAAGAUUUUUUAUCUUUUUUACUUUUGUUCAUGUUCCUAGCUGCUGAUUGAACGGUUUUGUUUUUAUUUUCAGGUUAGCGAUGAGAAGGAGCCUCUUCUUUCAAACAGAGACAAAAAGGUAAACUAUAUGUUGAGGAAACUCGAAAUUGACGCUUACAACCUCGCUGAAUGGGAAACGUUGAUAUAAUUACAAAUUCUUCAGGAAUGUUGGUAUUCUGAGGAGAUAGUUAGUAUAUAGAUAGGUAGUAGUAGAUAGAUAGGUAGUUAUCUCCCACAAAGAUCGUUCGUGCGGGUAUCCCCUCCAUACCUUGACCACGGAAGGUUCUUGUAAAGGUAUUUAGUUUAGGGUACCGUCAAUGAACGAAAAAAGGGAUUGUGUGACCUAUUAAUUUUGUGUGACUCUUACCAUUUUGGCAGACUUUUCUCCACCUUUUAGAUGCAUACAUUUUUUUUACUUUUUGUUAUUAUUUUUGUUGUUGUUUUUUUUUUCUGUUAAUGUUUUGUUUUGUUUUGUUUUUGUCCGUGUAUUACUCAGAAAUAUGAUAAGCCAUUCGAAGAUCCCGUGAGAAGCUGCACACCCCAUGGCCAAGAAACGCUCCCUACUGGAUAUUCCGACUUCGAUAACCAAAGCGUCAAGGGAAUGAAAGGUGAUCGUGCACCAGGUGAGAAUGUCGUACCCGCUGUUGAAACCAAACCAAACCGUCGCAAGAAACGUCCAGAAGCUGGGUCGAGCGCAAGUGGAACGAAUUCAGUCGAGCAGGCUGCUAAUUUUGGCGAAAAGGGAACCAAGCCUGAGAAGAAAAAAGUAGAGACUAACGACGAGCUAAGCAAAGUUCUCGACUUCAAAAAGUUCGACAUUUCCGAGUUGGAUUGCAUUUUCGCGGAUUUUAAAACAACGUUGGAUCCAUUCGUCCAAAAUCGCAGGGACAUGGCCAAAGCAGAGGAAUCCUUUAAGAAAGCUGUUACCACGCUGGAACAAAUCAGUCCACAUGCGCAGUUCAGUGAAUAUGUGCACGCCCUGAAGACGCGACUCACAUCAGAGGGAAUCGUAGUCAAGAUAAAAGAGGGAGCUCUGGCCAUUUACACAGAGGGAAAAAAGACAGUACAAGGAAUUCUUGACGCAGUAGCUGCUGUAAAUGCCAUACUUAAACUGUCGAAGGAAUUAAAAGCUAUGCCGAUGAUUAUCGCAAGAGGAAGUGACGAUGCAGUCGAGAGAGCUGAAGGAAUGGAUCUGCCAGGAAUCUUGAAACGAGAGUUUAAGAGCGUGUGGGAUUUGGGAAAGAUCCCAAGGCUCAUAAAGGCCUUCAGCAACAACGUCCAACAAGUGAGGAGAGCUCCUGACAUGGUGCGCGAUUGCUACAGCCAAGCCAAGAAGAUCAUCCUUGAAAUUUAUCAUGCUUUUGCCGAUGAAGAGGAACAGAAGAAAAUUGAAGGGGAGCUGAACGAGGGCGACGACACUUCAAAAGAAAAAGAUAAAAGCGAAAGCAAUGAGGCGGAAGAAGCAAAUGGAGGAAGCACCUCAAAGAAGAAGACUGACAAGAAGGAAGUAAGUAAAGCUGACAAAAGUAAGUCCAACAAGGAAAAGGACAAAGAGGAGUUUCACAAGAAGUUGAAGUUUGAUUCAGUGGGUCUUGAUGACAUUGAUAAUAUGUUUUCUUCCCUCGCAACUGCCAUCAAUCCGUUCGUGGAAACGCGUGAGAGCCUGCAAGCCGCCAAAGAAUCUUUCGAGAAUAUUGUUAAGAAGAUCCUUAACUUUGACGCAAAGAAGGAACUUAAAGAGUACAUCAAAGAGUUAAAAAAAGACGCCAAGGAAGGAAACAUUACGAUCUACAUCGAUGAAACAGAUGGCGAGAUUAAAGUGAAAUCAAUUGAAGGCGUAAAACCGCCCAAGCCUUACCGUGAUGCAGUUGAAGCGCUGAAGAACAUCAGAACAGCCGGAAGUGAAGCAGUGGAACUUGAGCCAGACGUGCAGCAUGGAAUAGAGGAGUUCAUGCACAGAAUCACUCAAAUCAAUCCACAGCGUGACUUUCACAGCUUGCUUAAGAAGAAGUCUGAUGUAUUCGCUCUUCCAGGGAAGAUAAAAAGAUUCAACGAGAAUCGUAAAAAAGCACAAGAGAUUCCGGGUAUUGUCAAAGAGUUCUGCCUGUAUGUGGAGCGCAUUCUAACCGACAUCCUUGAAGCUUUGACAGGGGAAGAGGACUCAGCGACAAAGAAAGAAGAGGGCAGCGGUGAAGAAGGAGAUAAAAGUCCGACAGAUGAGAAUCAA